GGCAAAGCCAAAGAUUGACGUCAUGUCGCACGGUUCAUGAGGAAGCGGAUGUAGUUAUUCUUCAGUCGCGAAAGCCAUUUUCCUACUCAAAUGUGUUUUUUGUAACUCGCUGCUUUCAGAUUCCAGCUCUACAGUACAGGACAUCAUGAAUUUGGAGCGCAUCCCCAAUGAGGAGAAACUAAGUCUUUGCAGAAAAUAUUACCUGGGUGGCUUUGCAUUCCUCCCCUUCCUGUGGUUGGUUAACUGCGUGUGGUUCUUCAAAGAGGCCUUUGUAAAACCUGCCUACACAGAGCAACCACAGAUCAAAACCUAUGUGAAGCGGUCAGCGCUGGGGUUGUUGCUGUGGGUGACUGUGCUGACGACGUGGAUCUGCAUUUUCCAGCAUUUCAGAGCACAGUGGGGAGAAGUGGCCGACUACAUUUCAUUCACAAUUCCACUCGGAACACCAUGAACACAUAAUAUUUCCUUUGGGUUUAUUCUUUCUUUUUUUCCUUUUACCAAUUUUUGUCUGUACUGAUGCUUGAUUAUGAUGAUUCACACUAUUACAAUUAUAGAGGAGUAAAUGGGUUGACUGGUUCUGGAGAGCUUUUGUUUUAAUCCUGUAAUCAAUGUCUUAGCUAAAUAAAACCAGAACAUUUCA